AUGACUCCUUGGAAAACGUCACAUCUGGUCAUACCCUAUAAGCCCGUCUCUGGCCUCCCUUCCAUAAUUUGCAUCGCGAUCAUACGUUAUCGGUAUCGGAGAGACAUUGGCAUCGUCUUCGGUCUGAUUAACACGGCCAAUCCCGUCACCUUGAAACUCGUUUGGCGUACGAAAUGGAUUGCUCUCCGAAGCCCGAGAGGAUCGGUCUGGCGGGGUCCCGUCGCUCGCACCCCUGAUAACCCGGUUAAGGGUCAUGGGUAUGGUAUCAAACCCACGUUGCUGGGAUUACGGCUGCUGCGUCAUUCCGGACAGCAAGGUCCAGCCGUCACUCAAAGUCGGUAA